CCGCUCGCCAGCGAACAUGUCGAAAUUAACUGUGAAAUGUGCAAAAGCUCACAAGUUACGCAAAAAAUGCCGCAGCAAAAACGUCGCAGUCGCAGUCGCCGCAGCAGUCGCAAUCGCAGCAGCACCAGUGGAGAGAAAAAUGUGAAACGGGCAACGAGAAACGAGAAACGAGCAACGAACAGCAUCAUCAGCAGCAGAAGCAGGGAGAAGAGUGCAGCAGCGUACAGAGUAUGCCCAAAAGUGCAAGGAUGCAUCGUCGUGCCAUUGACCACCGAACCAGCAAUUCGUCUCUAACACUAAAUCCAGCAGCGCCUACAACAUAUACUAAAUCCACGUAGCCCAGGCCUCGUCGCAUCCACCCCACAUUGUCACUGUCGGACGGACAAACGGACGAACGUUGUGCCGGAAGCGCUGCACCAGCAGCACUAGAAUCAGCGGAAAUUAAAACAAAUCGAAGUCGAAAUCGAAAUAAAAAGCACUCACACAGAGAGAGGCAGACAAGAGACAACGGUAAGGAGAGAGACAGAGAGAUAGAGAGGGAGAGAGAGAGAGCAAAAAGAGUAACGGAGUGUAUUCUACGUUGCAUCAGAUUUACAACACGGCACAUUUACUACCGGUUACUGCAGCUGGCUCCGGUUCCGGCUACUGCUCUCAGCCCUCCCCCUUCCACUACCAUUACGGGUGCAUCCACCUCCUUUCGCUCCUUUUGGCUGGUGCUGAUGAUGAUGAUGAUGAUGUUGUUUGCAAUUUGUGAUUUCAUGUUUUCAUAACUCGGCCAACCGUUGGCACGGAUUAGACAAAACGUCGAGCGUCGGGCAUCAAGCGUCAGCAGCCUUCAGGACAGGCUUCCUGUACCAAAGUGCAGGAAUCUACAUCUACACGAGCAACGAAUAAAUUGAACUUGCAUUUUUAUAUCAAUUUUUAUAAGCAACCAAAUGGAACGUGUUCAGCAGCAUUCAUCCAAUGCCAUCGCCAUCGCCAUCGCCAAAGCCAUCGCCAUUUUGCCAUCUUGCAUCAUCAUCGGUUAGAUAAGAGUCGGCAAUUCAAAGCUCAGUUGCCACACGACCACGACCAACCCGCCCCCCACCCCUCCCCCAGCCAAGGAGAAGGGCCAACGAAAAGGAAAACAAUUCCCCCAUCGGAUACCCACUAAUAAAUGCAGUGGAAGAAGAAGUUUACUCGAUUGAAAGCAGCUACUGGAAAUUCGCGUGUGCGAAGAAUGCUUUGUUGUGGACGUAGAAAGGAGAAUGGAAGAUCAGUUCCUGAUGUUACCGCCAGCCCGGGACGCGCCCCACCCGGACCGCUGCCCGCCAACCAGCUGUCCUCGCUGGGCAACCAGCAGCACGGCAACCAGCAGCAGCACCAGCAGCAGCAGCAUCAUGGAAACCAGCAGCAGCAGCACCAUGGCAACCAGCACCAGAAUCGCGGACAGAGCGGCAGCAUCUCGAAUGCCGGCAAGGAUCCGGUGCUGCUGCAGGGCGACUUCCGCAAGGUCAGCGGCAUCAGCUCGGAGAUCUUUCGCCAGAUAGAGGCCGUCGAGAAUGACCAUGACCCGAAUACGGCGGCGGCCCUGGACGCGGUGGAGCGUCGCGGCGAGAUGAUUGUCCGCAUCCUGGAGCCGCGCUGCAUGGGCAGCAAGCAGGCGGUGGAUGCCGCCCACAAGCUGAUGAACAAGGCCGACGGCAGGCACACAGUCCAGCUGGUGGAGAUCGUCAAGCGGCCCGGACAGACGCUGGGCCUGUAUAUACGCGAGGGCAACGGUGCCGACCGCACUGAUGGCGUCUUCAUUUCCCGCAUUGCCCUGGAGUCGGCGGUCUACAACAGCGGUUGUCUGAGGGUGGGCGAUGAAAUCCUGGCCGUCAAUCUGGUGGACGUGACCCACAUGUCGCUGGACGAUGUUGUCAUCAUCAUGUCAAUUCCACGCCGCCUGGUGCUGGCCAUCCGCCAGCGACGUGGCAAUCGCGGCACAAACUCUCCCGGACCGCCGACGUUGUCGCGACCGGAGCAGAAGCCGCCGCCGGUGGUGGUGAUCAAACGGGAUCUCAGGGACGAGGAUCUGGACGAGACGGAUCGCAUGCAGAGGCCGCGCUCAUCACGUGAAAGACGUACAGGUGAUGGCCGCGAGAUGACCGAGUCGCGCUCCAGGCUGGGCCUGGGCCUCAACAACUACAGUCCGCAGUCGGAGCAGCUGGACAUGUACUACAACUCCCGUGGUGGCGGCGGAGGCCAUGCCGGGGGCGGUGGCAUGCCCGUCAAUGCCAUGGGCGAGCCACCCAACUGGGGCUACAAGCCGCCGCCACCGCCCUCGUCGGUGAUCACGGAGCAGCCCACAAAGGGCCACGCCUUUGCGCCCUCGCAUGCGUACUACCAGAACGCGGGAACGCUGGAGAGCCUGGCGGAAAAGGUGCAUGCCUUCUAUCCGGGUGCGCCCGGACAGCCAGUGGGUCAGUCGCGUCGCAUGUCCACAGGAACCGGAAACGUGGGACUUGCCCAGCAGCACGCGCGCUUCCCGCGCUCCGGAUCGGAUCAGCAUUUGCCGCGAGUGGAGUACGCCGACUACUCCAACUCCCUGGGUCGCCACUCGCUGCUACGCUCCAGCCUGAAGCCCGGCACCGGGGCUCCCAUGCCCGUGGGCGUGGGUGGAACGCUGGGCCGCUACGGGCGCUAUGAUCAGCAGCGUGCCAGUACGGUCUCCAAGUACGGACCGCCGGCUGCCGGAGCCCAGUCGCUGACGCGUCGCUCCCGACCCAAUCUGGACUACUCCAGUGACACGGAGGCCACGAUCGGACCGCGUCCCAGCUACUACUACUACAACAGGCCCGCCAUUGGCAGCAUGCCGCGUGGUGGCGGUGGGCACGUGAGCGGAGGAGCAGCUGCCACGGCUGCCCUGCUGGCAAGUGCCGCAGAUCUCAACAAGUUCAACUCGCUGCCCAGGGAACGACCCGGCGUUAGGCUGCAGGGCAUCCGCACCAGAAUCAGCGAUCGGCUGGUGGACGAGAACGAUGGCAACACCUCGGCGCCGGAGUUCGAUGUGCGACGAGGCAGAGAUCUCCGGCAGCGCAUCACCGCCAGUCCCUCGAUCUUCACGGCGGACGAGUACCGCGCCUGGCUCCGCCGGGCGCCCAGCAGCUCUGCCAUUGCGGAACAGAUGCGAAUGACGCGCGACUUGUUUGCCCAGCCGCGAUCGCAGCGGUUCUCCUGCAGCGCCGAGAAUAUCCACGAUGCAUUGAGGAAUACGGAGAGCAUCUACUCCAGUAGAACGGGCAUACUCGGAGCUGGCACCCUCGAUCGCAAUAUGGGCCUCACGCGGCCCAUUUCCGCACUGCCUGUGCGUUCCAUGUCCUCGCAGCACAUCGGUGGGGCAGGCUCCAUACGCUCGCCCAGCAUACGACGCAUGCGACAGCUGCUAGAACUGUCCGCUGGCCCGGCCAGUCCUAGUGGCAGCAUCAUGAGCACCGGCGGCCACCAGAGUCCAGCACCGACGCCCAGCGCCACGUUGCCCCGUCAGCACCGCCAGAUCGACAUCAAUCCGGCCGAGUUUGCCAAGUACAAGCUGGACAAGCCCAUAGUCGACAUUGGUGGGGUGUCGGGCAUGUUGUGGAUCCAUCUGUUGGCGGGUCGAGGCCUGCGAACCGCUCCUGAGGGAGCCGGGGCCCAACCUGGGGCGCCACCUGGCCAGACCAGGGAUCUGUACUGCGUGAUCGAGUGCGAUCGCGUGCAUAAGGCACGUACAGUGGUUCGAUCCGGGGAUCUGCAGUUCGACUGGGACGAGUCCUUCGAGCUGGACUUGGUCGGGAACAAACAGCUGGAUGUCCUGGUCUACUCGUGGGAUCCCCAGCACCGGCACAAGCUCUGCUAUCGGGGAGCCAUUUCGCUGUCGGCCAUCCUACGGCAGUCGCCGCUGCACCAGCUGGCCCUCAAGGUGGAGCCACGGGGCACCAUCUACAUCCGCAUGCGGCACACUGAUCCCCUGGCCCUGUACAAGAGGCGUGGUCUGCCCAGCCUGAGGGCCGGCUAUCCGACGUUGUUCGGCGCUGACCUGGAGACGGUCGUCAACCGGGAGUCUAAGGGGGCCCCGGGCUGUGCCCCAGUGCCAAUUGUGCUGCGGCGCUGCGUGGAGGAGGUGGAGCGACGUGGGCUCGAUAUAAUCGGGCUGUAUCGACUGUGCGGCUCGGCCACCAAGAAGCGUCUGCUACGCGAGGCCUUCGAGCGCAACAGCCGUGCCGUGGAAUUGAGCCCGGAACAUGUUCCUGACAUCAAUGUCAUCACCGGUGUGCUCAAGGACUACCUCAGGGAGCUGCCGGAGCCGCUGUUCACGCGCUGCCUCUUCCAGAUGACAGUAGACGCCUUGGCUGUCUGCCUGCCAGAUGACCCCGAGGGCAAUGCAAAACUGAUGCUUAGCAUCCUCGAUUGCCUGCCCAGGGCGAACAGGGCCACUCUUGUAUUCCUGCUCGACCACCUGUCGCUGGUCGUUUCCAACUCUGAGCGCAACAAGAUGUCCGCCCAGGCGCUGGCCACGGUGAUGGGCCCACCGCUGAUGCUGCAUUCGGCCAGCGCACAGCCGGGCGCUGACAUCGAUCACGCCCAGCCGAUCGCAGUGCUCAAAUAUCUGCUGCAGAUCUGGCCACAGCCGCAGGCGCAGCAUCAGCAGCUGGCACAGCACAUGGGCGGCGCAACGGGCUCGAUGAUGAGCGGCCUGGCCACGGCCGGCAGUAUGAGCAACAUGGCCGGCGUUGCUUCAGGUCGGCGCGGCGAGUCAACAGGGCAGCGUGGAAGCAAAGUCAGUGCGUUGCCAGCGGACAGACAGCAACUUCUACUGCAGCAGCAGCAGCAGCUCAUGGCGGCGGGCAACCUCCUGCGCUCGUCCACUUCGGUAACCAACAUACUCUCCCAAGGCCAUCCUCAGCUCUCAGCCACAGCCAACAGUCAUCUGUAUCAAUCAGUAGUGGGUCAGUUAGCUCAAUCGCAUCGAGCCUUGCAACAAGCGGUGCAACAGCCCUAUCAAUUGGCGGGAUCAGUGGGCUCAGCAAUUCCCGACCAAUCGCCACUGCCACUUCCAGGCACACCCUCCCCAGGCAGUAGCUCGGCGUCGACGGGUUCGGGCUCCGGAUCGGGCUCGGGUAAAAGCACGGAUACCAUCAAGCGCGGUGCUUCACCUGUCUCCGUUAAGCAAGUCAAGAUCAUCGAUACGGCCAGCCCCUAUUCCAUAGUACAGAAGAAGCCGCCGCUGCAGAAGGAUGCACCCAUAGAUGCCAUCACACCCACCACCCAGUCGGAUGCAAUAUCAGCCCUAGGCGGCAGCAGCAGCACGACAACACGCAAAGGCAACGUUGACUUCUAUGAACCGCACAAAGCGCUGUCCAAGAGCCUGGCCGGUGAUGACUCUAGCUACAGCUCCAAGUACGCCAGUCUGGACACAAAGAAGAGCAGCUACAGCGGCAACAGCAACAGCUACACCCCCAGCAAGACCAGCCUCAACGCCAGCAGCGAUGAGUACAAGGCGAUGCGCAACAAGUCGAGCGCCACCUCAAGCUCGAGCUCAUCGCAGGCUACGGUAUUGAGUGCCGGCUCGACGGCCACUUCGGCACCCACCACCUCCUCGGAUGACUCGGACGAUCUGCUGUCGUACAAGUCGUCGGCCUCCACUAACGCCUUGCUGGCCCAGUCGCAGGCCAUGACCACCAGCCAGCUGAUGUCGAAGUAUUUAAAGCGUGAGCCGCGUGUCCAGUUCACGCCGAUCAAGUCGCCGGAGUCGCCAUCGCCGCCCGGCGGUGGGGAUGGUCUGCCCAAGGGCACUUACCAACUGGUCACGCCCACCGGCUCCAGCUCUUCUCUCAAGCCCAGCGCCACAACGGGAGCGAUUAGCAAGCACACCACAUCUUCGCCAAGCUCAGCGGACACGAACACUAACCACACCAACAGCCAACAGAAGUUGUCAUCGCCCUCGCGCCUGAACAAGGACAGUAAGUCCGGAGCAGCGGUAAGUGGCUCCUCCUCGAUUGUGUCGACCGGACGGCGGCUGUUUGACAGCCUGGCCUCGUCGUCAUCGUCGGAGACGGAGACCAAGACCUAUAUUGGUGGAACCACUGCCAAUGCCAGUGCAUCCAGCAGCACGACAACCUACACCAACGACUCGCGGAACACGGCAAGCAGUAGCAAUAAGUCGGUAGCGGGAUCGGGCUCAGAGCACAGGAGCUAUGGCAGCGCUCUCUUUGGGAGCAGCGGCCUGGGCAAUGGCAAUGGGACCACCAGCGGCAACCACAACCAUUUGGGCAGCACCAACAGUCCCUUCACCAGCACCAAUGGCAACGGCAGCCACAAUGCCAUGAACCUGUACGGCACUUUGCCAAAGAGUGGGGCAGGUGGGGGCGCCGCCAGCUCGGGGGCUGCCCUGUUUGGAAGCAGCGCCAGUUCCUCCUACCACUCGAGCAGCGGUGCGGGUACAACAACCAGCAGCGGGGUCAGCUCCAUGACGGGCUCCACCAAUAGCUAUGACUUCUACUCGAGCAGCACCUCGAGCGGCAGCAGCAGUUCACGUCCCUUUACCAAUGGGGGCAACAAUUACCACACUCUGGGCACAUAUCGGGCGCAGUAUGCGGCCACCAAUCCCUUCCUCGAUGCCUUCGACGAGAAGCCCAGUAGCAAUGGGGGCAACGGCGGUAGUAACAAUGGCCACGGGGAGGCGGACAAGCUCGGGGCGGACAAGGGCCAUCACAGGGCGACCGUGAUUGCGGCAUUCCAGUCGUCGGGCGACUCCAAGAACGGUAGCGAUGAGUACGACGAUCUCAAGUGAGGGGAUAACGAUAACCAUAAUGAUAACGAACAAGUACGAUACGAUUACGAAAACGAUUGCCAUACAGACAGAGACAAUGCUGAAAGUGUUCUUUUGGAGUAUUUACAGUUUACAAAUUUACAUAGAACGAAUAAUACGAAUAUAAACCGAUAAACAAUAAUCGAAUAACUAGAACAAAAACUAUGCUAAAACCCACUGAACACGCGGAUAUCUCCUCUUAUUAAACGGAAGGCCAACAUGGCUGCCGAGCUUUCUGUAUGUGUGUGUGGUGUGGUGUGGUGUGGUGUGUAUGUGUGUAUGUAUGUAUAACGAGCGGAAACACCAACAGUGGGGUGGGGCAGCCAUUUAGCUAAUACAAAUCCGAAUUCAAUAACAUUUACGAACAGUAUUUUUGAACGAACUAAAAGCAAAACCCAAGAAGAGAAUAAUAGGUAAACAUCGUAUACAACAAAUUACAUAUUAUAAAUGUAACAUAACAACUAAAGAAAAACAACGUGAACGAGAACAAACUUAAACAGAAAGGUUGAUCGCGCAUUUAAUUUUUACAAGCAACAUAAAAAAAUCAACAAUUUCUACAUACAUAUAUACAGACAUGCUCAUGUACAUGCCUAUACACGAUAUAUAGACAUG